AUGGAGGAAACAAAUUCAACUAGUGUAAAUGCUCCUAAACCACUUAUGGGAAUGAAGUUUAAUAGUUAUGAAGAAGCUUAUAACUAUUAUAACUCAUAUGCAUUGUUGAUGGGUUUUGGAAUAAGAAAGAGCACGGUGAAUUACUCUCGCAAGACUAGAGAAGUAGUAGAUAGAAAGUUUGUUUGUGAUAAGGAGGGCUAUGAAUUUAAUAAAGACAAGAUGGAGAUUCAUCUUCGGCGAGAGACCCGGGUGGGAUGUAAGGCAAUGAUGCGAGUGAAAAUAUUAGAGGACAAAUCGUGGGAGGUCACAGGGUUUGUUGAAGAACAUACAAAUCAUGUGUUGAGUAGUCCAGACAAAGCAAAAAUGCACAGAUCACAUCAACAAUUUCAUAAAACCCAAAGAUGUAAAAAACUUAUUGAUUGUCUGCGAGAAGAAGAACUAAUAAGUUCAGUCUUUGUGUUUGAUGUGACAUACAGAACUAAUAAGUUCAGUCUUCCAUUUGCUCCAUUUACUGGUGUAAAUCAACAUAGGCAGUCCACUUUACUUGGUUGUGCAUUAUUAGCCGAUGAACAGGAAGAUACCUUUGUUUGGUUAUUUGAAGAAUGGCUGAAAUGCAUGCAUGGCAUUGAACCAGGUGCUAUUAUAACAGAUCAGGAUAGAGUAAUGUGUAAUGCUAUUCACUCAGUGUUUCCAACGACAAGAUACCAUUAUUACUAUUGGCACAUGCAAAAGCAUAUUAUUGAUCAUUUGCCUACUUUGGUAUCUCGUUAUGGUGAACAGUUUCAAAGGUAUUGGGGGUUGUGGUGCAAUAGUUCUUCAAUUGAACAAUGUGAAGGAUAUUGGGUUGAGAUGAAAGAGAAGUUUGAUAUAAAUGAAGAAGGGGAGGGAUGGUUGCAAACAGUUUACAAAUGCAGAGAACACUGGGUGCCGUGUUAUCUGAAGGACACUUUUUUUGCUGGAAUGAGAUCGAGCCAAAGGAGUGAAAGUAUUAAUGCAUUUUUUGAUGGGUAUGUUAACUCACAGACUCAAUUACACGAGUUUGUGACGCAAUAUGAAAAAGCAGUAACUAAUCGUCGCUUUAGUGAAGCCCAUGAAGAUUUUAAGAGUCUGAACACAAAGCCGGUCAUGCUCCUUGGACAUCCAAUUGAGUCCAAGCUGGAGAAAUGUAUACACGCAAUAUGUUUGAUGUGUUCUAAACUGAAUUCAAAGGAUUUGGUACAGAGUUUUGUGAAGAAUUGA